CCCCCCCUCCCUCCCCAUCGUUUUCUCGCCGUCUCUGUUCGGCGUUCUCUCGUUUGAACUCGCCCGACUCUCCCCUCCGCUCUCCCCGUCAUUCCCGGUGUUUAUCCGACUCGCUCUCUCUUUUCCGGGGCUGUGCCCUCUCACUUCACGCUCCCCUCGUUCUCUCUCUCCCAGCCUUCCCGAUUUAUCCACUCUCCUCUCCCUCCGUGCACUCUCCCCCUCCUCUCCUCACUACUCUCGCCUCUCUCUCUCUUUUGCAAGUGCUGCCCCCCCCCCCGCCGCCUCUCACUCCACGCUCCACUCGUUCUCUCUCCCAAGGUUGUCGCUCGCUCUCUCUCUCUCUGCGCUCUCAAAUCCUGUGCUCUCUCUAUCUCUGUGUGCUCUCUCUGCGCUCUCUCUCUGCGCUUUCUCCCUCUCUCUCUCUCUGCGCUCUCUACGCUCUCUUCUCUCUCCGCUACCGAAGACGUCUUCCCAGGGAGCGAUCCUGCGCCCCGGCCCCAUGACGGACCCAUCCCGCGGUGAAGGAGCUGGUGCCGUGGCGGACGGGCACGGCACCGCGGGGGUGGACACCUCUGGUGGACGCAAGGUCGUGCGCAGGGUCGUGCGCAGGGUGGUGGAGACCUCUCCGCUGCUGCACUCCCCCUCCACCUGGAUGCUCGCGUUCGCUCUACUCCUCACCUGGGGAGCCGUCGCCGUCGUCAUGUUCGACGUCGUGGACCUGAAAGUGUACCUGGGCCAGGCGUUGGAACCGGACGAGGAGAACGAUGGCCUGGACGAGGAGACGGCCUCCCUGAGAGAGGCCGCCGCGUUCGCCGCCGCCGCCGCCUCCGCCAAGGACGAGCACGAGUCGGGGAAGAAGACAAAGAAGACGAAGAAGACGACGAACGCCGCGGCACAGAAAGCGGACGCGGCCAAGGGCACCGGGAAGAAGAACGAGGCAGCGGCGGCGGGGUCAGGGGUCAAGGGCGAAAAACAGGGCAAGGGCGAGGAACUCGACUCGGGGGGCAAGAAGAAGAAGAAGAAGGAGAGCGACAACAACAGGGGGGGCGAGCGGCAAGAGGGCGAGGCGAACGAGGGAACGAAGAGGAGGAGGGGGGGAGGCUGACCAGCGGGCUCCGUGCGGGGAUCGAACCUGAGCGCUCCGGGUGGCGGAAGCCGAUUCUGAACCCCCCCCCCCCCUCUACCCCCGCCACGCACCCAUCCCCUCCGAUCUCCCCACCGCCGCUUUCGGGUUGUCACGGACCGACCUCGCGGACGCGUGAACACCGUCGCGUGCGUCCGAUCGGUCGGAGGGCCUCGUAACCGCGCGGCUGGCACUGCUGUGUGUGGGGGGGCGGGGGGUCGGACGGAGCGGCUUUUGCGGAUAUAAAAGUGCGAGCGAGCC